UUGCAAUAUAAUAAUUUUCUAUUCAAAAUGUCUCUUCGAGCCAUUGUGGAAACCGUCAUUCACAUCGGAAAGUUCAGAAAUAUAGACUUCUUCAACCAAGGUCUAUAUUUCUUCAGGAUCACACUGUAUAAUGAGAAAAACCAGGAGAGAUACUUUGCAAGACCAUAUCAAAUUACACAAGCAGGAGGGAAGAACAAGGAAGAUGAGAAAUUCAUCAUCGCUCCAGGUAGAAUUAAUGAAGACCUUUCUGCCUUCUGCACAAGUACCAUGCUUGUUCGAUACUCUGAGCAGGAAAUCAACCUUAACGAGUAUUGCAUCUUCAGAACCGAGAUAGAUGUUGACGAAGACUAUCUUGAUACUUUAUUUUAUGUAGACGUUGAGUUAAUGUUUUCUGAUUUAAAAGAUCUUGACCAGACCCCACAAAUGAUAAAAGAUAACUGUGAUAAUAUCGAGAAUGAUGCCGUAUUUGAGUGUUCCCAUCUUUGUCACUAUAAAGUGAGCAGGAUAGCUUAUGGAAUGUCUGAGUAUGUUCCAAUCAUUACCGAUAAACAUUUCUACGCCACCACUGGAUGCACUAUUCACUCAACACUUAUCGAUUACAGAUUCAGAGUCUCAGCUCAAGCCCAAAAUAGAGUAGCUGGAGCCAAACUUCUUUACAUGGAAAGCGGAAUCCAAGUCAGAUCUAAAACGCCCAAAGGCAAGAAAGGCAAGAAGAACAAAGCUCCAAAAGAAAUCGGAGCUGACAAAGAAGGCUUCACCGACUACGACCACUGGGUGCCUAAGAGUGCUGCAGAGUUCUUGUUCUGUGAUGAAAUGGGUGAAAUGGCCACUCGAAUCGACCCUGAAGAAGCCGACUACCUGUACAAUGAGUACACAAACAUCAUCAAGGGACUUUUCAAGAAACUUUCGAAGAACUACAACUCAUUCGUCAGGAACGUUGUCAAAGACAAGAAGGCGCUUGCAGACAAAGGAAUUCCUGAAGAAGCAGCGCGCUUGAUUCCACCAGGAUGUCACGAUAAAGUGCAGAAGCUCAGAGAACAGUCAGCUCCAGAAGUCAGUAACGAAGAUGAGGCUCCUGAAGAAACCAAGUCGAUGACUCAACCAGCUGUAAGCGAAGAGUCCAAAGAAGCUUCUGCAGAUAAUGAGAAUGAUUAUGAAGAAGCCAAAGAGAUCCCUCAAGACCCAGGCGAAGAACACAAAGAAUAUGCAGAAGAAACCAUUAUUCUGUCAAAGAAGUCUAGUUCCGAGAAUGACAAAGACAGGUUUGAAGAAGAGUUUGCUAAGCUCUCCAAAACUUGUGGGUCGUUCUCGACCAGAGUGAACCUGGACAACCCAGGAGAAGUUGCUACCAAACUCUUGAUGGAAGUGAACGAAUACUCAUGCCAACUGUUCUCACUGUGGAACGACUACAUUCAGCUUCUGAUGCUGAACCAAGCCAAGACUGUGGAGUACUUCAUGCCAGCUUAUCACAAGUGUGUGUAUGAGAGGUGGUGAGAAAGCAUCUUCAGAGAUGUCAACGUCAAGACUGACUUCUACCACUGCUCUGACAGCGCCAAAGUUGGAGAGAAACACAUGAAGAUCGCCAACAAACAGAGAAACAGUUCCCACUACCAGAACCUGACACCGUUGCCAGUUGAAGACUGAAGCAUGUUUCCUGACUGUUUCACACAUCCGAUAUUGUUCGAAGAGUGCUAUGUCAAAGACAAGGACAUGUUUGAAACUACCGAGCUUAAACGAGCCAACAUCCAGCUUUCAGAGCUUGUUGAGCGUAACAACCGAGAGUCCCAUCUGAUAGUGCUGGUUCACGGAUUCCAGGGCAACUCUGAAGACCUCAGGCUACUUCGUAACAACUUACUGGCCAUUUACCCAUCAGCGAUCUUUCUGAGUUCGACAUGCAAUGAGAACGAGUCAGACUCCAACAUCGAAGACCAGGGUCUCAGACUGGCCAACGAAGUGUCGAGUUUCUUGGAUGACCACUUCGACUUAUCAGAUAUCAAGCGCAUCAGCUUCAUCGGCCACUCGCUUGGAGGUGUUAUCAUCAGAGCGGCGCUGCCUUUUCUGGACCAGCUCCAGGAUAAGUUCUACACUUACAUGUCGCUGUCGAGUCCUCACUUGGGCUACCUGUACAGUCCGAAGUUCUUGGUGAGUGCAGGCAUGUGGGUGUUGAAGAAGUGGAAGAAGUCUGACGCUCUGAAGGAGCUAUCAAUGUCAGAUGCAAGCAACAUGGAAGAUACUUACUUGUUUAGGCUCUCUAAAAUCAGUAAGUUAGAAUGGUUCAAGAACAUUGUGUUGGUGAGUUCUGUGCAGGACUCGUAUGUAGCAUUCGAAUCUGCAAGGAUACAGUUCAGAAAGAGCGAGCACAGCAGCAAGCCUAGCUCCACCAAGAAUGCAAUUUAUGAACGUAUGGCAAGGAACAUUCUUGAAAAUGUGCCUUUGAAUAUGAUUUAUCGAUUGGAUGUUAACUUCAAAAUUCAAGAAAAGAAUCUUGACAGUUUCAUUGGAAGAGCAGCUCAUAUCAGGUUCCUCGAAAAUCAGCCCCUAAUGAGGAUGAUAGUCAGUAGAUACUCUGAGUUCUUUGCUUAACUCGAAUCUGGCAAAUAAUUCAAUUAUU